AGCUGUAAAUCUUUGUGAAAUUAACCCCUGUCAAAACGGAGGCACAUGUGUGAAUAUGCAAACAUCAUUCCAAUGUGUAUGUCCUGCUGGUUACUUUGGGUCACUUUGUGAAGUUGUAGAUCCUUGUGGAAAUAACCCUUGCCAAAAUGGAGGCAUCUGUAUGAAUGUGGACACAUCAUUCCAAUGCAUUUGCCCUGCUGGAUACUUUGGGUCAUUUUGCGAAAUAGAUGUUGAUGAGUGUCAAUCAUUUCCUUGUCAAAACAAUGGCCAUUGUACCAAUCUCAUCAAUGAAUUCUCUUGUCAAUGUAUCAACGGAUGGACAGGGGAAACCUGUACAGUUGAUGUGAAUGAGUGUCUCAGUGCACCAUGUCGGAAUGGUGGGAAUUGCUUCAACCUCCAGAAUCGCUUUGAAUGUCAGUGUUCACCUGGUUGGAAGGGAGACACAUGUGACAGUGAGAUAAAUGAAUGCAGUAGUAACCCUUGCCAGAAUGGAGGUACCUGUGAAGACUUUGUUGAUUUUUUUCGAUGCUUGUGUCCUGAUGGUGUCCAAGGAACAUUCUGUGAUCAAGGAAUACAGGAAUGCAGUAGCACUCCUUGUCAAAAUGGUGGGACUUGCAUGGAUGGAAUCAAUCGUUAUGACUGCACUUGUCCAUUUGGUUGGUCAGGUGUGAAUUGCGAAAUUGAGGUGCGAGAGUGUGCUAGUUCACCAUGUCAGAAUGGCGCAGCUUGCAUUGAGUUAAUCGGUGCAUAUUCAUGUACGUGUGCUCCAGGCUACCAAGGAACUGUCUGUGCUGAAGAGGUGAAUGAGUGCGCUAGUAGCCCUUGCCAGAAUGGUGGUACGUGUGAGGAUUUUGUUGAUUUUUUCCGCUGUUUGUGUCCUAACGGCAUCCAAGGAACAUUCUGUGAUCAAGUGCAUGAGUUGAGUCAGCAUGAUUACCGACUGUGUAAUUAUCAGUUUUAUCACAUGUUCUUUUUCUGUGAUGAAAUUGAUGAUGUGUGUAUUUUAGAUGUUGAUGAAUGCGCCGGUAACAUUUGUCAGUUUGGUGGGACGUGCCAAAACACACCUGGUAGUUACAUUUGUACUUGUGCCCAAGGUUUCAGCGGCCCAAAUUGUGAAAUUGAUGAAGAUGAAUGUUUGUCUGAUCCAUGUAUCAAUGGAGCCUGUAUAAAUUUACAAGGCUCUUUCCAGUGCAAUUGUUUGGCUGGCUGGAGUGGAACAUUAUGUGAAACAAAUAUUGAUAAUUGUGCAGCAUUGCCUUGUUCGAAUGGAGCCACCUGUACUGAUUUAGUAAAUGCUUACAUCUGUGAAUGUCCACCUGGGUAUACUGGAACCAAUUGUGAAUUAGAUGUUAAUGAAUGUUCUCCUACUAAUCCUUGUUUAAAUGGAGCUGCCUGCAUCAAUUUACAAAGCUCUUUCCAAUGCAAUUGUGCUGGUGGCUGGACUGGAACAUUAUGUAAUAUAGAUGUUAAUGAAUGUUCUACUAAUCCUUGUUUAAAUGGAGCUGCCUGCAUCAAUUUACAAGGCUCUUUCAAAUGCAAUUGUGUUGGUGGCUGGACUGGAACAUUAUGUAAUAUAGAUAUUAAUGAAUGUUCUCCUACUAAUCCUUGUUUAAAUGGAGCCAUCUGUGUCAAUUUACAAGGCUCUUUCGAAUGCAAUUGUGCGGCUGGCUGGAGCGGAACAUUAUGUAAUACAGAUGUUAAUGAGUGUUCUCCUACUAAUCCUUGUUUAAAUGGAGCCGCCUGCAUCAAUUUACAAGGCUCUUUCCAAUGCAUUUGUGUUGGUGGCUGGAGUGGAACAUUAUGUAAUACAGAUGUUAAUGAAUGUUCUCCCACUAAUCCUUGUUUGAAUGGAGCCACCUGUGUCAAUUUACAAGGCUCUUUCGAAUGCAAUUGUGCGGCUGGCUGGAGCGGAACAUUAUGUAAUACAGAUGUUAAUGAAUGUUCUCUUACAAAUCCUUGUUUGAACGGAGCUGUCUGUGUCAAUUUACAAGGCUCUUUCGAAUGCAAUUGUGCUGCUGGCUGGAGCGGAACAUUAUGUAAUAUAGAUGUUAAUGAAUGUUCUACUAAUCCUUGUUUGAACGGAGCUGCCUGUGUCAAUUUACAAGGCUCUUUCCAAUGCAAUUGUGCUGCUGGGUGGACUGGAACAUUAUGUAAUAUAGAUAUCAACGAAUGUCUUCCAAAUCCUUGUAUGAAUGCAGCAAACUGUUUUAAUACACUUGGUUCCUUUCAAUGUGUUUGUGUUGCUGGAUGGACUGGACCAUUAUGUGAAAUAGAUAUUGAUGAAUGUGCAGUUGCACCCUGUCUGAAUGGAGCCACCUGUAAUAAUCUAGUUAAUAGUUACACCUGUACAUGUCCCAUGGGAUAUACAGGAACCAAUUGUGAGACAGAUAUUGAUGAGUGUGCAGUUGCACCCUGUCAGAAUGGAGCCACCUGUAAUAAUCUAGUUAAUAGUUACUUCUGUACAUGCGCCAUGGGAUAUACUGGAAUCAAUUGUGAAACAGAUAUUGAUAAUUGUGCAGCAGCACCCUGUCAGAAUGGAGCCACCUGUAAUGAUCUAGUUAAUAGUUACUUCUGUACAUGCGUCAUGGGAUAUACAGGAACCAAUUGUGAAUUUGAUGUUGAUGAAUGUGCAGCAUUACCUUGUUUGAAUGGAGCCACCUGUACUGAUUUAGUAAAUGCUUACACCUGUGCUUGUACACCCGGGUAUACUGGCUUCAAUUGUGAAACAGAUAUCAAUGAAUGCGCUACAAUUCCUUGUUCCAAUGGUGCAACCUGUUUUAACAGACCUGGCUCCUUCCAAUGUCUUUGCGUUCCUGGAUGGAUUGGACCAUUUUGUGAAAUAGAUAUUGAUGAAUGUUCAGUAGGACCUUGUCAGAAUGGAGCCACCUGUAACAAUCUAGUUAAUAGAUACACCUGUACAUGUGUCAUGGGAUAUACAGGAACCAAUUGUGAAUCAGAUGUGGAUGAGUGUUUACCAGGUCCGUGUUUGAAUGGGGCCACCUGCAAUAAUUUAUUUAAUAGUUACACCUGUACAUGUGCUGCUGGAUACAUGGGAAACCACUGCGGAACAGCAAUCCAAGAAUGCCAAUCCAACCCAUGUCAAAAUGGUGCUACUUGCAUUGAACAAGUACCUGGUUACACCUGUCAAUGUUUAUCUGGUUACCAAGGCACCCAUUGUGAAGAAGUCACAGAUUUUUGCGCUUACAACCUCUGCGUGAAUGGUGCCACAUGUCAAGAUACAGUUUCAGGGUACACUUGUGCUUGUAUUCCAGGGUGGACUGGUGUCUACUGUCAAUUAGAAAUUAAUGAGUGUUCAAGUUUCCCUUGUCAAAAUGGCAGAGAAUGCAGCAACCAGGUGAACCGGUAUCAAUGUACCUGCCCUCAGGGCUACUCUGGUUUAUAUAAAGUGGAUGCAUGUGUGAGCAACCCGUGUAUCAAUGGCGGCACUUGUCAAGAUCAAGGAUCUCAAAGUUACAUCUGUGACUGCACCGCCCUCUGGCAGGGAACCAAUUGUGAAACACUAACAGCAAGCACAUAG